GGCUAAAUGCUAUAGCUGAUAGCUUAAAAGCAGAAGAAAUGAAUCACAGUAAAAAGCUAGCUGCAACGGAGUCAACCUCCAAAUCAACUGCGGCGAUGGCGAGAAAGCGAAGCAGCAAAACGACGUUGAUCUUCUUCGUUUUGCUUUCCAUUGUAGCUUUCGUUGCUUUCGUUCCCGUCUUCGCUUCUCUCCCUUCUCUUUCCUCUCACUCUCACGAUCUUCACCUCCAUCUUCGUCUUCAUCAGCGUCAGCAUCGUCUCGAAAAAAGUGAUGCUAGAAAGUUUGAAAUUGCGGAGGAUAUGUUUUGGAAAGAUGGAAAGCCUUUUCAGAUAAUUGGUGGUGACUUGCAUUAUUUCCGCAUUCUUCCUGAGUACUGGGAAGAUAGGCUUUUAAGAGCAAAAGCACUGGGACUGAAUACCAUUCAAACUUAUAUUCCUUGGAAUUUGCAUGAACCGGAGCCUGGCAAACUGGUUUUUGAAGGCAUUGCAGAUCUAGUAUCAUUUCUCAAACUUUGCCAGAAGUUAGGUCUCCUUGUUAUGCUUCGAGCUGGGCCUUAUAUUUGUGCAGAGUGGGAUCUUGGAGGAUUCCCAGCUUGGUUACUUGCCAUAGAACCAGAUAUCAGACUAAGGUCAUCAGAUCCUGCUUACCUCCAAUUGGUUGAAGGAUGGUGGGGAGUCCUACUUCCAAAAGUAGCUCCUCUUCUUUAUGGUAAUGGAGGUCCUAUUAUAAUGGUUCAGAUAGAAAAUGAAUUUGGGUCAUAUGGAGAUGAUAAAGCUUAUCUUCGUCACCUGGUGAAGUUGGCUAGAGGACAUCUUGGGGAAGACAUUAUUUUGUAUACUACAGAUGGAGGUUCUCGAGAAACUCUUGAAAAAGGAACCCUUGUAGGAGAUGAUGUCUUUUCCGCUGUUGACUUCACUACUGGGGAUGAUCCUUGGCCCAUAUUUGAGUUACAAAAGGAGUUCAAUUCCCCUGGGAAAUCACCACCACUUUCUUCGGAGUUUUAUACAGGUUGGCUUACACAUUGGGGUGAGAAGAUUGCAAGGACAGAUGCAGAUUUUACCGCAGCUGCCUUGGAAAAGAUUUUGUCACGAAAUGGUUCUGUCGUGCUUUAUAUGGCACAUGGUGGAACAAACUUUGGAUUUUAUAAUGGGGCAAAUACAGGUGCUGAUGAGUCAGAUUACAAGCCUGAUCUAACUUCCUAUGAUUAUGAUGCGCCAAUUACGGAGUCUGGUGAUGUGGACAAUGCAAAAUUCAAAGCCAUAAGGAGAGUGGUGGGGAAAUAUAGUUCAGUAUCUCUUCCUUCAUUUCCUUCCAGUAAUAAAAAGACAGGAUAUGGUUUUAUCCAGUUACAAAAAACAAGAAGUUUAUUUGAUUUACUUGAUGGGUUUGAUUCUGCACACAUUGUUGAAGCUGAAAAUCCAACUGCAAUGGAGUAUUUCUACCAGAUGUUUGGAUUUCUAUUAUAUGUAUCUGAAUAUGCAUCGAAAGCUGGUGGAAAUAAGCUAUUUAUACCAAAGGUGCAUGACAGAGCUCAAGUGUUCAUAUCAUGCCCUUCUAGAGCUGAUGGUGGACGAGUAUCAUAUGUUGGUACAAUUGAAAGAUGGUCAAAUCAAGCAAUUUACCUUCCUAAUGCUAAAUGUGUUUCUAACACCAGCUUAUUUAUUUUGGUUGAAAACAUGGGCCGUGUAAAUUAUGGACCAUACUUGUUUGACAGGAAGGGAAUUUUGUCUUCUGUUUAUGUAGAUGGGAGAGUUUUGAACAGAUGGAAAAUGAUCCCAAUUCCUUUCCAAAACCUGAAUGAGGUGCCAAAGUUCAAUCCUGUCAUUCAAGUUGCAUCUGAAUUCCCUAAAGUAUCCAUCCGCAAAAAGUUAGAGCACAAGUCAGAGGAUGUUUUAGAAGGACCAUCAUUCUACACUGGUCAUUUCUCUAUUGAUAAAACUAGUGAAGUUACAGAUACAUUCAUUUCGUUUAGAGCCUGGGGUAAAGGGAUUGCUUUUGUUAAUGAAUUCAACAUCGGAAGAUAUUGGCCAACUUCAGGACCACAAUGCAACCUUUAUAUCCCUGCUCCAAUCCUUCGGCAUGGGGAAAAUGUUUUGGUGAUAUUCGAGUUAGAAUCACCAAACCCUGAGCUUGUGGUUGAUUCAGUUGAUCAGCAAGAUUUCAAUUGUGGAUCAAGUAAAGCAAGUGUGCGUCAACUUUAAAGCCACCUGAAUGCCAAGUUUGGAGAUGGUAGAGCAUCACAGUUAAACCUCCAAUCCACCAUGGCUGGACCAUCAGAGAAUGUUUCCCUUGCAGCCUUGCAGGAUUGUCUUAUAACAUAAAAGCAUCAUAUCACAUUUGUUGUCCUUGCCCUCAGGGAAUGUGCCUUUGGGUGGAUGGAGGUGGGCGAAAGUUGUAAAAAAAAAAAAAAACAUAGCACUGGAUUGUUUAUGUAGGACUCGAGAGACACACUUCUAUUGUUACCAAAAUUAUGCCUUUUGGUUAAAAUUGUAUGAAAAUCAAUCACAGUUGAAUUUGAAUGGCAA